AUGCUUCACUGCUUCUAUGUGAAGAAAGAAGACAGGGACCUCCUGAGAUUUCUCUGGCAUGAAGACAAUGAUCUGGAUAAGGAGAUCAUCGAAUACCGCAUGAAGGUCCACACCUUCGGAAAUUCUCCAUCCCCCGCCAUUGCCACAUACGGUUUACGCAAGGCGGCUGACUCGGUCAAACAAGACUAUGGAGAGGAUGUCUGCGAAUUUGUUCAUAACAACUUCUAUGUAGAUGACGAUGCCAUUGCUGCGGCAGCCUUUCUGCGCACUGUCAGCCAGGGAGGAGACGUGGAGGUCUCCUUUGUGCUUGGGAAGGCUAAGCCUGCACCAACAGGAGGACACACCGUCCCACGCUUGGAACUGUGCGCCGCCGUACUUGCAACGCAGAUCAAGGACACAGUUGUCUCUAGUCUUGGGAUAAACUUUGACAAGGUUAAAAUGUACACCGAUAGCCGUAUAGUACUGGUCUACAUCUUCAACUCGACAAGGCGCUUUUAUGUGUUUGUUGCAAAUCGUGUCCAGAGGAUAAGAAACUCUACUGAACCAAAGCAGUGGACUUAUGUCAACACUAAUGACAACCCGGCUGAUGAAGGAACCCGGUCGAUCACUACCUUGAGAAUGCAAAAAUGUAUGUGGCUGAACGGACCCAAAUUCCUUCAAGAAAGCCCAGGUGAGAUAAACGCCACCGCAAAGGAAUCAUUCCCUCUUGUCAACCCAGUAUCAGAUAAGGACGUCCGGCCAGAAGUGACCAAAACUUCGGUAACAGAUGGAGGAAACUUCGACGUUACGACCCUCUUUGAGAGGCACUCAGAAUGGGAUUCGUUCGUGCAAGGCCUUUCCUACCUCAUUCACUUAGCGAGGUCAUUCAAGAAAUCUGAAAACCCUUGUAAAGGCUGGCACAAGUGCUCCAAACACAAGAAAGCGAACUUCAAACGGGAAACAGAGCUGUUCAUUCUUCUCAGUGUACAAAGAAAACACUUUGCGAAGGAGAUCGAAUGCCUUCAGUCACACAGGAAACUUCCCAAGGACAGUUCCAUACUCUCCUUGACACCUGUUCUUGAUAGCCACGGACUUCUUCGUGUUGGAGGUAGAUUGAACAAGGCCAAUGAAUCCCAACUCUCGACUGAUUGUAAUCCGAUAAUCAUCCCCAAAGGAUGCUAUGUUGGUCUACUCAUCGUGCGCAACUGUCAUCAGAAGGUACAACAUCAGGGCCGCCAUCUUACAGAAGGGGUCGUUAGGUCCUCUGGGUACUGGAUAAUUGGAGGAAAGAGGCUUAUCGCCUCAUGUAUCCACGCAUGCGUUACCUGUCGUAAAAUGAGAGGCAGUCUUGGAACGCAGAAGAUGGCGGAUCUCUCUGUCUCUCGCAUAACACCAUCCGCUCCAUUUUCAUAUGUUGGUGUAGAUGUCUUUGGCCCCUGGUAA